AUGUGUAAUAAGGAAGGAUUCAAGGCAAAAGAUAGUAAAGAGACUAAUGACCCCUUGAGGAAAAGGCGUAAGCAGACAGAUAUGCGAUGCGGUUGUGAUGCCCAUAUCUUUGUUAGACUUUGUGGGGAGAACACCUACAAGAUAGACUCACUGAUUGAGCACCAUGUUCAUGGCCUUGUAUCGCCUAAUAAGCGUCAUUUGAUCAGAUCAAAUCGUAGAGUUAGUGAGAGGGCAAAAAAUACUUUAUACACAUGUCAUAAGGCAAGUAUUGGAACGUCGCAGGCAUACAGGCUCCUGCAAGUUAGUGAGGGUGGAAUUCCGAAUGCUGGGUGCACAAAGAGGGACUUGCAGAAUUACUACCGCGGACUCAGGUAUAAAAUCAGAGAUGCAGAUGCUCAAAUGUUUGUGGCCCAAUUAGCUAGAAAGCAGGAAGUGAAUUCAGCAUUUUUCUAUGAUUUUGAGGUGAAUGAUGAGGGGGAGUUGGUGCGUGUGUUCUGGGCGGAUGCCACCAGCAGGAAGAACUAUAGUCACUUUGGUGAUGUGAUAUCCUUCGAUUCUACAUACACCACUAAUCAGUAUAACAUGAUAUUUGCACCAUUUACAGGGGUUAAUCAUCACUUACAAAGUGUCUUUUUUGGUGCUGCAUUCUUAUCAAAUGAGAAGGAUGAGUCAUACAUUUGGUUAUUUCAGACCUUCCUAACAGCAAUGGGAGGGGCAGCACCUAGACUCAUCAUAACCGAUGAAGCCACUAGCAUCAAGAAUGGUAUUGAUAAAGUUCUUCCAACAACUGUGCAUAGGUUGUGCAUGUGGCAUAUAAUGGAAAAGGUUCCUGAAAAGGUUGGACCUUCGAUUAGAGAAGAUUCUGAUUUUUGGACAAGAUUGAACUCGUGUGUUUGGGGUUCGGAAACUUCAACUGAGUUUGAGUCACAAUGGAAUUCCAUCAUUACUGAUUUUGGGUUGGAGGAAAAUGAGUGGUUGGCCAAGAGGUUUAGCAUUCGAGACACAUGGAUACCAGCGUACUUUAUGGAUAUAUCUCUAGCAGGCAUUCUUCGAACCACUUCAAGAUCAGAAAGUGCAAAUUCUUUUUUUAACCGCUUCAUUCAUCGAAGGCUCGCUUUUGUUGAGUUUUGGCUGAGGUUUGACACAGCUUUAGAAUGCCAACGUGAGGAAGAAUUAAUGGCAGACAACAGAAGCAUACAUACCACCCCUCAACUAUUUACACCAUGGACAAUGGAGAAACAAGGUAGUGAGGUAUUCACAUAUGAGGUGUUCGAGAAACUUCAGCUACAGAUUAUUGCUGCUAGAGACCAUUGUUUUGUUCAGAGUAUUACACAAGGUGUGGGGGUAAAAAAUGUGACCCUGAGAGGUCGGUCUGGUAAAGUUAGGGAGGUUUGCUAUGACACUACAAGCAUGACAGCAAACUGUUCGUGCAAGUUGUUUGAGUCAGUCGGUUUUCCAUGUCGCCAUAUUAUCCAAGUGUUGAGGAUUGAAAACCAAAAUGAGCUUCCCAGCCACUACAUUAUGAAAAGAUGGCAGAAGAGGUGCAAAAGGGAGAAUGUUUAUGAUGAACAAGGAAACCUACUAGAAGAAAAACCCACGGAUGCACUGGAUGCGGCCACGAGAAAGAAGAUUUCAACUGUACGCAAUAAGAUGGAAGAACUUAUUCAAAAGGCGAAGCAUUCAGAUGAAGGCAUGGACUUCUUAACAUCAAGUGUUUUGAACAUUGAGGCGCCUUUGGACCAAAUGGUCCCUGCAGCUACCCAAAGCACUAGGCAAGAGGAAUAUGAGGCUUUUAUUGGUUGCAAUAUUCCAACCGAAGUUCAUAUACAUCCGCCAACGGAUGUUCGUGCCGUGGGAAGAUGCAAAAGAAUAAAGCAAGGAAAGGAGAUUAAGGAGGGGGAUCGGAAAAAUAAGGACAAAGAAGGGAAGGUAAAGGUCGCACGCUUGUGCAAGACGUGCAAGCAAAUGGUGUUUCAUGAUAGUCGUAAUUGUCCAAGCAAAAAAGGGAAAGGGAGUGUGAUUGUGCAAGAUAUGCAGCCAAAUAGUGCUUCCUGAUACAACAAGUUGUCCAAGCAAAGAAUAAAUUUAUCUAUGUUAUCAUGUACACUUUGGUGUACUGAAUUCAUGUAAUGGAUCAGAAUUUGUGUUAUGUCAAAAAAAAAAUCUUGAUUUAUGACAA